AACCGGCGCGUAGAAUACAUGGGAAACCUUAAUUUCCUACUACCCACAUACACAGCAGGCCUUGAUUUGUCUACAUACACCUCAACCUCAACCAUCGUGGCCUCGUUAAGUUGUCCACUUUUCCCAGCACACAGUCUAGGUGUAAAUGCAUACCCGAAGAAGCCAGACGUGCCGCUCGCUCCUUCACUAAUCCAAUUCGUCCCUUUCAAUUGGCUUGCCGGCUCGCAGUCAACGACUCCGGUGCCCUUCUGCCAUGUGGGACAAUUUAUGCUUUCACCACCUACGCGCGAGCAAAGACUCCAGAGCGUUCGCCGCACUGGCGGAACAUUAAAGGACAAGUUAACGCAAUCGCUGGAGCCCGAUGAUUAUUUGCCACCAUCAUCGGGACACCUUCGCGCUGGAAUAUAUCGACCAUUCUCCAACCACACUGUUCGUUCCGCCUCCUGGACAUUGAAUUAUGGAUUAUGCUCGCAGGUUUGGUCGGUACGUGUAAAUGGAAAAUGGAUAAGAAAGAGAAGACGCACACUCACAUACACGGCAAAUUGCUACAAUGUUGCGCCGCUAAGACCCUACGGGAUGGUUGCCCCGCACAGCGCAUAUUUAUUGAGCGCAUCGUGUGUCCAUGCAUAUGGUGUGUGGUUCCGCCUAGAAAACGAUCUUCGAUCUGAUCGGUCGGAAUAGUGGGAAGUGCCCCAAUCUCCGGCACUACAAUCUUGCCACUUCCUUCCAAGGUUAACAGUAAACUAGCUGUCAAAGUGCUGCAAGCAAGAAAACUGGACAAGAUAGAUGAACGGCGAUAAAAUAGACACGGGCUUUGAGGUGCAUUUGUCACCGAAGACAACGCGUGGCUCUUGAUCUUUGGGCAUGAUAUAUCCACGAUCGAAUAAUUAAAUUCGAUUCCCACUGCAGAGCAGCAUCUCUUGGCACGUAGGCAGAAAUUGUAAAAAUCCCCACGUUUAAAAAAAAAACAAAUCCGCUGUAAACGCCCCCUUCCUAUCAAUUGCAAACAUUUGCGAUGGUACAUUCCCAUCGGUCGUCGCCUGCUUUUCCCUUUCGGUGGUCGGACCGCCGAGGAUCACCCCCGAGGAUGCCCACGGCGGAGUAGUAAACAAUCAAUAAAAAACCUCAUCAUGAAGUCGUUAAUUCUAAUUGCCGAACCUGACAGCGUGCCGAAGAAGACAAGGUGCGAGAAAACCCUGAUCCGAUCCAACCAACCCAAGCCCAUCCCCUCUCGCAGCUAAAGGUCAUCUGGGGAAGGUGACCAAUAUUCUGCUUGCUCGGCCGAUUACAGUCAAGGGCCGGCUCACGCUUCAGAGCACGCACUGGGCCUCCCGUCCAAUCGCGGCCCCCAAAACGACGCCAGCGAAAACUUAUCAAACGGAGCAGUGUGGAAAUGAAAGCAAAACAUAUCAAAUGGACACACACACACACACCCUCCAAUACAUCACCGUCGUGCAAGAUUAACAAACAGUAAACAGUGGCGGCAGAGAAAAGGUCACCACGCCAAACAACGGUGUAGCGCGGGCACUCGCGUAUCAUUCAGCGGGCGAGUGAUUCAACCACAGCAACACUUCGUGGAGGAGAGGCGAUCAUCAUCACAAUGAUCGUGGACAGGCGUAUUUUUGGAAACAGGGAAAUUGUAGUAACUCUGAUUAGAUGUUAGCAUCUUCUCGCGACUGGCAACCGCGAAACAUGUUCGCUUUUACUACAAGCCAACUCCUCGAUUGCCCAAAUAAACCCAACCCGGCGAGAACCUGCACCUUAUCACUUUCGAUUGCCUGUAUCACGGUUCGAGGGGGAGAGCAGUUGGUUGGGAGAAAAGGAAAAAUUUUGCUAACGAAUUUUUUCGCUACAAGCUACAAUUUUGUUUUCGCCCGGUACACGCCACAACCGCCUCAUGGGUCUUAUCUAAUCGAGCUCGAGCUGGAUGUUGUUGUUUCUUCCUACCCAGCCGGUCACCGACCGAUGGUCGCGGUGUGGUGGAAAAAAAAAUCUAGGUAACGUAAAUAUCGGUUGUCAGGUCGCGCGGGUCCUAUCUUUGCUCGAUAGAGGGAACGCCAAACGAUUAACGUCUAAUUUGGUGUGGCAAUUCCACUGGGUCACAACCGCAUCUCCACCCUGUCAACAGUUACUAAGCCACCAUUCGUUUUUUUAUCGACACACACACCAUCACACAAGCAUUACCCCGGCUUAGUGACAUUGAACGCUGAACUUGAAAUUGAUCGAUACAAACGUUCGCAAACGGUGCCUCUCUGACCGUCAGCCUUAUGACAGAAGAAAUGGCACAACUGCUGCCCGAAACACGUCCGCUACUCGCUCAGCUGUUCCGUUUUGGCAAGUUCGGUGGCCCAAGGACUGAUGUGUCAGUUUAUAAAUAAUUCAUAGACGCGGGUGCUCGCUAAAACGCACCAACCCAACCAGCUCCAUGGCGGUUGUCUCACACCUUCUCACGAUGCGCGCUAGAAUGCGCGAGAACUGCGUGUGCGCAGAAUCGCUUCCUCGUCACGCGACUAGCACGCGAUCGUGAUCGUGGUCGAAGAAGUCAGGAUCUAUGCUACACGCAAGCAGCACGCCGACACUUCAUCGGCAGUUUAUCAGCUAAUGCUAGACGAGAAUCGGGUUCUGUGUGUCCGCCCAAUGUUCUCUCAUUCCUUCGGUAAUCCGUACUGAAUUUGAAACUACGGACAACCGAACAUUGUUUUGUAGAAGAAAAAAGGGACAGCAAGUUUCAGGGCAAGAUCUCCGUCUCAAGGACGACCUCUUAUAUACACUACCGCGUUUUUCUGUCAUCUCAAGGAUCAUCUUUCGUCGCGUAGAAGUUCAAGUACGCUCUUGAGCUGUUACGCAAUGGAAGUGAUCGCCAUUCAUUCUAGACGAACACUGUGUACUUCACCGUGCAUAGCAAUGUGUGACAAAACCAACGCCAAGUACACCAUUUCGAUGCACGAAACCCCUUGAAAGACUUGCUCAGUUCCUACAUUCGAAGGCAGGCCCCUUCAUGCCCCACCGGGCAAAACCAGCGAAUUGUUUAUUGUUGUGCUGCCGGUAGUUUACAUUUACUCCUUUUCAACAACCUCCAGUAAUGCUUUUCUGCAGGACAUCCCCAACCGGCGCCCACAGCCACUUAUCAGCCAAUUCCCGAUGACCUCUGGCUCGAUGGUCACACCGGUGACACUGUCGAUUGCGGGCAUUGCUGAUCACCGCACCACCCCAACCACAUGUGUUGAUGGCACAUGAAUGGAUUGAAACCGGGGCACAGGUCUCCAGGAUGCCAUAUUUUGCCGUGCAGUGCGAGCACGAUGCGCUCGAGUGCAUGCGGGGCUAAAUCACCGUCAAUGCCAAAUCAUUAAUUGAUUCCCCGCGGACUGUGUGCUACCAUAAGUAAGAGGUCCCCCCCGCGUUUCAAAACCAGAUUCAUAUAAAACCAAAACAGAUUCAUAUAAAUAUUGAAUUUAAAGGCUCCCUCACAAAAGGCUAAGAAUGCACCGGCCGAAGCUUUCUCUCAUUAAGCAUCGAUAGCAGUCGCGGUACACGCACGCAUAUGGCUGUUAAAAGCUGGAAAUUAAAUGCCGGUCACACAUUGUCGUUCCUCAAUUCCUUCGAAAAACUCGUUCCAGGCUUGAUCCCAGCGAGGCGAUAACGAAAUCGAGGGUCUGCCUCAUUUUCAAGUCCCGCCACUCGACCAGCCAACGACCGACCCGGGGCAACGCAGUUCACGUGAUCACCGCAUGCACCAACAACGAGGCAACACAGCGCCGUACGACAACAGCCAAAAACCCGGACCCCGGGAUCAUAAUUUCCAUCGAUUGUUGUUCGCACCAGUGCGGCAUAGACGUUCCACCAAUUAGGCUGGGUCCACCACUUUGGAAGAGGGUCGUUCGGUUCGACACUGGUCAAAUCGGCAGGAGAUCUCAAUUACACGAUCUUCAAGGGGGAGGCAAACCGGGGAGAAGUCACCGUGCCGUGCGCGGGACCCCACACUUUUGGCAACGAAAACUGUCCGAAUUACAUAAACGGAGCUGGCGCCGAAACGAAAACAGAUUCGCUCGUGUGUCAAUUAUGUCGCCUCGUGGCUGCACACAGUAAAACGGGAAGAUCGGUGAAUAGUUUACCGUGCGAUCGGUUGAUUUCGAUCGACGAAACGAUUGAAUGCGCUUCCGAGGAAAGGGAUAACCAACCUUACUAAUCAAGAGCAUUCAAGACUCUUGAACCAUUGAUUGCAAUAAAAACCAGAACUUCCUCAAGCACCGUAUCCUCGCUGCAUAUCUUGCUGAGCACGGUACGGAGCGGAGAUAGUCAUUAAUCUAGGCGCUUGUCUAGCCGGUGGGAAAUGCGUAGGAAGUGGAAUGCGCACCCUGAACGCCACGGCACUCGAGUUAAGUAAUAAAAUGUCUUCACGUGGAGCUGCAACUUCGACGACCGGUACCAGUGAUUUACGGACCGCAACCCAGGUGAAGAAAGUAACACCGAUAUGUCGCCGAGUUUUCAGCGCUCUGCUCAGACGAUGCUGCUAUUAGCAUAUUGAUGAAGAAACUUCAAAGAAAGCAAUUAACUUUCACGCUCGUUUGGUUCACGCUGCUGGAGGUUACGUUGCUCGGUGCCAUGUACAGUUCCGUCUCCCUAUACAGUCAUGCUGGCAGUGGGUGAGUUCGGCGGUCCGUUUUGAGUAUGAAAAUUCAGCGCAAGAGCUAGCAAACCCAAUCCGAUCAUGUACAAAUACAGAAAUUUAUACCCAAACGGAUGGAGCGCAAAUCCCUUUUGCGUUGGAUCUCCUCCCCGUCGACUUGCCAAAGGAUCGUUUCGCGUCGCCCAUCACCUUCCACGCGGGACCAUGCCCGCAGCUUUGGGAGGAUCAUUCUGACAACCGCCUCCGUCACUCCCUGCAUCUGAAUGCCAGCGUUCGCCGAAAUGUUAGUCUCACAAAGUCCCCCGGUGUACAACCACUCACUGUCCACGGACUACAAGCCGGGCGGUGGGUCACCCGGUUCCGGUGGUGGUAGCGAAGGUGGUGGCGUCGGCGGUGGUUACUACUGCCGACCAGCUUCGCUGCAACUGUCCCAAGCACCGACCAACGGAGGACCUCCACCGUUCCAACGACAGUUCACACCGCCCUGCCUAAGUCCUACCGGGGCCGGUGGCAAGCUGCCAAUGUCACCGCGCCGCUCCUGUCUGGUGAUACGACCGGACCACAGUGCCACCACACCGGAAGAGUCCGAACCGCCACACGCGGCAAUGAAAAUGUUGGCCGUGACCGAGGACGAAACGGUGUCGGCCAUAUCGACAGGACGCAGCAAGAAGAAGGUCGUGUUUGCGGACGAUCACGGUAAACAGCUGACGCAGGUGCGCGUGAUGCGCGAACCCUCGUACAUGCCACCGAUCUGGAGCUUACAGUUUUUGGCCCACGUGACGCAGGGCAUGAUCAGUCCAGUGCCGCAGGAACAGUGGGUGGUCGAUUUCGUGCAACCUGCCAGCGACUAUGUGCGCUUCCGGCAGAAGCUGGACGAGCGGAACGUAUCGCUCGAGAACGUGAUCAUUAAAGAGACGGAACAGCUGAUCGUGGGUACGGUGAAGGUGAAAAAUCUCUCCUACCACAAAGAGGUCAUCAUCCGCUCGUCCUGUGAUAGUUGGAAAACGCACGAAGACACCUUCUGUACCUACAGCGUGGUCGGCAAUGGGACCGCUUCAGCUUACCUGAUAUUUGACACCUUCUCCUUCAAGCUAACUCUUCCUCCUAAGUCCAGACGGAUUGAGUUUUGUGCCGCCUUCAAGUGCGAUGGCAUCGAGUACUGGGACAACAAUGAUGGUCGUAAUUACUCCCUCACCAAUCGUAUCGCUCCGCGAGAGAACUCGGGCGCGUUCCUGUCCUCCUCUUCCGCCAGUGCCUUCAACAGCGCCAAUCCCGGCCGCAACGGGAUGGCAGUGACCGGCGACAGCUUCUCAUCGCCGUACGUGGAUCCUGGUGCGGUGCUCGAUACCUGGAGCGACAUGAGCGUGGAAUCGCAAUCGGGACCUUACUGCAGCACGUUUGACUGUUCGCUGAACACUUGCUCCAAUAAUCGUGUGCCCACGGCACACCCGCAAAUGAAGCCGAUCAGCCUGAACCUGUCGUACCCGGACGGCCGGUCGGACGUGUCGGAGUGUCCGACGGCCGGUGGCGAACGACGCGCCAGUACGGGCGAGUUUGCCGCGAAGAAAAGCUGCAACCAUCCGGCCGGUACCAAGGCACCGAUCAGCACGCUGGGACGCAGCGCCAGCAGUGGCAAACUGUUCUACAUACGCGAACGGCACGAGGGUGAAGAUCUGCUCGCCAAUCUGCUGCGCUUGCGCAAGCUGAUGAUGGGCGCGAUCUCCAACGAUGUCGUUACGAAGUAGGGAAAUCGUAGUUGUUGGUUGGUGGUUUUGGGUAAUGGAUGAUCUGUAAUUUAGCAGCAUUAGCUUCAUUCCUGUAACUACACAUUGUUUUUUUUUUUUUUGGCUGUACAUAAUUCAUCACGGCGAAGACUCUGCUCGAUAACGAUUCGACACUUGUGUUGAUGUUUUACACUUACUGAAGAAUACUCAAAAUACUGCAGACUCAACCAUCCGGAAGGAUGAGGACAUUUUUUCUUUUUUGUAAAUCAAAACCGUUGAGGGAUGUUCUUGAUAUGUAUAUUUUGUUUACGCUGUUGUUUCCUGUUACCCUACAAAGAAAUUGGCCAAUAGCAUGAGAUUAUUUGCACUAGAGCGGCGCAGCUAUCUUGGGGGAAGCUACAACGGGCAGGAACAGGGCUAGAGUGAUAAUACGUUUGUAAGAAAGCGCGUGAUAAAUAGGGCCAGAUUCGGACGAGAUGUACGAGAUUUAUCGAAUAAUGCAGACACGGGCAUGGAAAUGGCAUGAUAACCGGAGAUGGAAAACAGCACUAGUAAUUUAGUAAUAUUCAUAUUUACGUACGGAAACUAAAAGACUGAUCGUGUCCACAAAGUAAAUUUAAUUUGGAACAAAAUCUGAACCGUCGGGAGGAGAUGGCAUAGUAGAAGGGCAGGAUUGCAGGUUGAAAUUGAAAACGAAAAAUCUUCGAUACGAUUUAUGAUGUGUACCUUUGAAUGCGAAGCACAAUAACCGUUGUACAAGGAGCGAGUGAGAAGAUAGGGAACGUAAAAUAAAAGUUUUCGAAACGGUGUGCGCACGGCAUGCAACACACCCGAGUGGACCUAGUGAAAAGCUGGCUUAGUGGCUUCGUUAAUUUAUGCACGAUUUCUUCUAAUUCUAUUUGCAACCAAUACACCACACAACGUCUUACCCGUGGCCCCAAUGCCGAUGGUAGGGAUGGUGUGGUGGUUUAAAUGUUAAGUUAAAGUAGCGAUCCGUGUGUAGCUGCGACGCUGCUUGUAGAUUAUACAGUGAACAAAGUGAUUGUAGAAUAACCAAUUUUCUUUCUUUUAUAAGUCAGCCCAUUUUCGGGACGGAAGGAAAGCGCCGUCGUUAUCUUAAAGAGUGAUGUCUGAGUCAAAUUUAUCAAAACAAUGACACAGCUUGGAACGAUCGUACCCAUUUAGCUAGGCUAGUGCGGGCAUGAUGUUUCGUCGAAGAAAGACACUAGAUUUGCGCACCUACGGCCCGAUCCCAUCCCCUUUCGUUAGGUUUGUUUUUCAAAUUGUAUACCCCACUAACGUUAAGUUUCAACUUGUCGCUACUUUGCCUUAGAACGUUAACUGUGCUUUAUUAGAACUAGUGAUCAACCGAAUGAAUCCUAUGAUACGACGGAGAGCGAUAGAGAGAAGCAAGCACAUUGCAAGCAGACUGUGCAAUAUGAUCGUUAUGCGCUGUGGUAGCGCAUCUCUAUCUUCGCUAGAACUUAGGUAUACUUCGCAAACAGCUAGUCUGCGAGAAGAUUGUACAUACAUACAUAUAUGUUGUGAGCCACGAUCCUGAAUCGUGGCAAGUGUUACUGCGGGCGUUCAUAACUACGUCCAUAAGCUUGUAAAUGAAACUAGUAGUGAGUAGAUCCGUAAUCUAUCGGUACAUUGCUAACCCACUUUUCACCUAAACAGAUCAACACGAUCGCAAAUAAAUUGAAUAAGAAGCAAA